GCUACCCCACGUACGUGCUUAUAUCCGGAGGAACAGAGGGAGAGGGAGAGAGGCUGACAUUCCUCUUUUUUUGCACCUUUUGCUCUGCAGACGCGUACGUGACAUAUCUACACCCGGAUUUCCCUUCAACUUUUCUCCUUUUUUUGCGGGUUUUACACUGUUUUCACUGUCGCAUCCCCUCCAUCCUCCGACUCUUUGGAAUGAACUGUUUUCCUGCCUGCGUCGUUUCCAUGUCAGCAUGGGAACUGCCGUGUCCAAAAGGAAGAAUUUAAGAAACGAUGCGAUAUCUUCUGUGGCAGCAAAAGUUAGAGCAGCGCGAGCAUUUGGAGAGUACCUGUCCCACACGCACCCUGAAAACCGAAACGGAUCAGCUCAUCUUCUGUGUGAAACCUUGGUGGGUCCCGACCCAGAGUCGCCAAGUGACACAAUUGGCCCCAACAACAACAACCACCUGCACCCGUGCUCCAACACUACCAAGGGCUGUGAGGAUAAACCGGAGCCCAGCCUGGUGAAACCUCCACUGGGCUUACUCCAGCCGCCUCCCCCUUCCAUCACCAUCUCCACAAAACCAUCGCGACUCUCUCUUGAGCGCAGCUUCUCAGCAGAGGAAGACCAGCAGAAAUCCAUUGAGUGCACCCUGCAGCCUGCCCGUGUGUACACCAUCACCACCCAGCGCGGUAUGCUGAUGAGCAGCGGCCGGGGCAGCAAGGAGAGCCUAGAACUGGACGUCCUGAAGGAAAAGACGGGGAGUGGCGGGGUUGGAUCCAGAGGUGGUUUGAUCCAGCCCUCCACUUCCCCCUCCUCCACCUCAUCAUCUCCAACACAAUACCACCAUGCCAGCAGCGGUCGUGGCACCAGCCACCAUCACAGGAACCAUCAUGACAUGCACCACGGGAACCACCACCAUGCGCCCUCCAGUAGCGGAGGAAGUAGCGGGGCAAGCGGAAGCAGCAGUAGCAACCAGCAGCAGCAGCAGCAGCAGCAGCAGCAGCAGCAGCAGCAGCAGUCUUUAAACGUCGCUGGAUCCCACUCCCAUCACACAUCACACCACCACCACCAUCACCUGUCUCAGCCCCCGCUGCAGACCUCUGUCAGCGCCCACAACAUCCGCAGCUGGGGCGAGGGCGGAAAAGGCGAGGCAGAGUGCAGCGGGCUGGCCUGUGAGUCAUGCAGUGGCGCCCCCUCGCGGAGCCAGGGCUCCCUGGACCUGGAGAGCACGUCCCGAGAGGCAGAAGACACUAACUGGUUCCCCAAGGAAAAUAUGUUCAGCUUUCAAACUGCCACAACAACCAUGCAGGCGAUAUCGAACUUCCGGAAGCAUCUUCGGAUGGUGGGCAGCAGGAGGAUGAAAGCACAGACAUUCGCUGAGCGUAGAUCGAAGAGUUUCAGCCGCUCCUGGAGUGACCCCACCCCUGUCAAGACUGACCCUCCUCAUGAACCCAGAGACAGUGGAGACCUGCAGACUUCCUGUGGUACCUUAGAUGAAGGAGGCCUUGAUGACAAUAUGGACUGGGAGGAGGAGAGGGAGAUGGAGAGGCUGGCCUGUGAAGGAGACGACUUUAUACCUCCCAAAAUCAUGCUGAUCUCCUCUAAGGUCCCGAAGGCAGAGUACGUUCCCACUAUAAUCCGCAGGGAUGACCCUUCCAUCAUCCCCAUCCUCUAUGACCAUGAACAUGCAACUUUUGAUGAUAUUUUGGAGGAAAUAGAAAAGAAGCUAACAGCUUACAGGAGAGGAAGCAAGUUCUGGAGGAUGCUCAUUUUUUGUCAGGGAGGCCCAGGUCAUCUGUAUCUACUGAAGAAUAAAGUGGCAACUUUUGCAAAGGUCGAAAAGGAGGAGGACAUGAGCCAAUUUUGGAGGAGGCUCAGUCGCUUCAUGAGUAAAAUCAACCCAGAGCCGAACCUCAUCCACAUAAUGGGAUGCUACGUCCUAGGCAACCCUAAUGGAGAGAAGCUGUUCCAGAAACUGAAGAAUCUGAUGAGGCCUUAUUCUGUCGAGUUUGAGUCGCCGCUGGAGCUGUCUGCACAGGGCAAAGAGAUGAUUGAGAUGUACUUCGACUUCCGCCUCUACCGACUCUGGAAGACACGCCAGCACUCCAAACUCUUAGACUAUGAGGAAUUUUUGUGACGAAGAAACUCGGAUGAUGGGCGCAGCGGAGCCCCUUCCCCCCCAGUGCCACGAGGAACCUGUUAACAACUGAUCCAAUGACUGAACAUUGCUCAACUCUAGUGCUCGACCCGUCAGCUCAAUAUAAACAGUCACACCUGCUUUCAUCCUGGAGGGGGCUGAGAGAAGAGGAGAGAUGACAGGCAGGACAAGGGAGCUGAGGACAAACUAAAGUACGCUGUGCCUCAGCUCCUCCUCGUUUUCAGAGAAAGGAUCAGAGACUAACAAAAAGG